CACGGCUCAGCACACACAUUACAGCACCGCAUUACGAGCACACGUCGGAACUAGUGCUCUGCCACACAACAGCAGCAACCUUUUCCAUGACGGAUAAUAUUCCCAAACCUCGGCUGCGGUAGUGGGCGAUGGAAAAAAGCUUUUCAGAAAUAGCUGCCGUCGUAUUCUUCAUGAAACAACUUAGAAUAAGUUCCCUUUUCAUAACGCCUCCUUAAAUCACGCCACAGCUCCUCGUCUGCACUCUGUGGGCAUUUGUAGAACUGCUUCAGCACCGAGUUAGUUUUUUUUUUCUCUUAUUGCAACCAGUCUUGACUGUAUCAGUCCUCUGUUUAUCGCUACAGUAGACUAAAAUGCUGCAAGCAUAAGUGUUGCUUUAAGUAUACCUGUGUUUUAGCUGCACUUGCAAUGAACUGAACAGUUCCCCUCGCGGUCGCCGGAGAUCACGUUUGUCACUCUUUUGAGAUUUUAAGAGACCAGGCUCUCAUCUCGAUUCUUGGAUUUCAAUCUACAGAAGAAUGGAGCUCGCCAGAUUCAGGACCAUGGAUAGCACUCGAGUUCUGCUUUGUAUUUUUAACUUUCUGUUUGGAGUUGUAUCAGAGCAAGAAGUUGAAAAUCUUUCAGGAUUGUCUAACAACCCCAACAAAGAUAUAUUUGUGGUUCGAGAGAAUGGGACAACAUGUUUGAUGGCAGAGUUCGCUGUCAAAUUAGUCGUCCCCUAUGAUGUCCUGGCACUCAACGGAAUAGAUCUGAUUACAGAACAAGCGCAAAUCACACUUCCCCGUGGGGCUGAGAUUAAAGGUAAAUGCGGGAGUACAGAAGCCGAGCUUCAGAUUUCUUGGUUAAGUGACGCCUACACUUUACGCCUGUUUUUCAUUAAGGAAGCACAUAACCUGUCGAAAUGGCAAGAUGUUUUGUGGAAGAUCAACAAAAUUCAAUUCGUUUACGACACUUCUGAACAGACGCAUUUCAACAAUGCUUAUAAUCCUGGGAAGCACACUGCGAGCUCGCACCGCCUGUCCGCCCUGGUGACUCCAGCAGGACUUUCUUAUGUGUGCCAGGCCCCGCAGACUCUUUCGCUCAUCUCCAGUGAUCAUCAGAAAGGAGUAACAAUCUCGAUGUCUGACAUCCAGAUCCAGCCAUUUGACAUAAAGAGCAACUUCAUGUUCAGUGAAGCCUAUAAAUGUAUUACUGACCAGAGGGAACAGCUAGAGGAGACCUUGCCGUUGAUUCUGGGAAUAAUUCUGGGAAUUGUCAUUGUAAUUACUCUUUCUGUCUAUCAUAUCCAUCAAAAAAUGACUGCAAAUCAACCACAGCUUCCAAGAGACAGAUCACUGUAUAAGAAUAUGUGAUGACGUUUAAUAUUGUUAAAGAAAAUGAAAGUUAACAGUACAUUUUCUUUCAUAGGAAUGGUAAUUUAUUUACAGAGUUCUUGAGUUAAGGUACAAAUAUGAUUAGUUUUAAUUUGAAAGUUACAGGUAUUAUAUCCAUGAUUUUAAUUAAACUGGAGAAUCUAUCAAACAAGCCAUUCAAAAAACAUGAAGCACAAUCUUUAAUAUGCUAAAGUAUUUAUUUUAAUGCUGCAUUUAUUAUUAUGCAUUUUUUACAUUGUUUUCCUUGCUUUAGACAAUAUAUGCUUUCUUUACAGUAUGAAGUGCACCAUUAAUUACUUUGAAUGUAUAAAUAUGUAAAAUGUGUAAAUAAACUUAUAGAAACCAUAAGUUAAACAUUUAAUUUUCUCUGUAGUGUAUGCUUUUGGCUGGGGUAGUGCAAAAUGUGUAUUUACAGCAUAAUAUUGCAUAAGAGGAAAAAAAUAUUUAUGUCACGACUUUAAAGUAAACAUUUGCAUCAGGAGAAUUAACUUAAUAGAACUGAUGAACUUUUGAUUGAAUUUAAGAAAAAUGUGAAAUGUUCUAUUUAACAAAAUAAAUUAAUGUAACUCAUUU